GAGGGGGCCGUGGGAUACCUUAAGAGCUAUUAAGGACCUGUGUGCUGCGUACAGUAAAGCAAAGCUGAGGGUAGGACUUCUUGCUCCAUUAGUCGCGGGGUCGUCGAUUCGGGUGCGCGCAAAGAGGCGCAAGUAGUCUCGUAGCCAGAACUUGUGUAUAGAUGUCCUGAUACCUUGUUCAUUGUAGUAGCGCUUACAACACCCAGUGAACGCGCUGAGUUCCCAGUUAUCGACAGCAUCCGACGGGGCCUUGGUCCACCCGCUUAGACGAGCGGCGCCGCCAGUACACUGCACAGGUCCGGCCUGUAACAGGGUCGGUGGAGGUUGUUUGGCAGAGAGGCGAAGCUUCGGCACGCCCAGGACCCCUAUAAGAUGCCGAGCCUCAACCUGCUUGUUGUGGGCGAUGAGAAGCAGCUUGGGGACUUUGAAGAGGCUCUGGAGGGCUGCAAGCGAUAUGUCGGCCCCAUCAAGCUAUUCUCUGCGCACAAGGCCGUUGAUGCGGUCGGUCGGCUUCAGAAACUCGUGCAAACUUGCGGUCAAUGCCACGCGGCGCUGCUGAGCAACCACUUCACGCAUCCUGGCAAGGAGGAGUUCAGCGACACGCUGCGGAAGGUUAUCAAGGAGAAGUACCCCGACGUGCCGGUCAUUUGCUGGGGCAACACGAAGAAGGGCGGCGACCUCGGCAAGCACUAUCACGCCACGCUGGAGUGGGGCAAGGACGGCGGCGACGUGAACACGCUGGUGGACAUGCUGAAGCAGGUGCAGGCGGGCCAGCUCAAGGCCGACUACGGCGCCAAGGCGGCCGAGUCGUCGCGCAAGUCGCUGGACCGCCGCAACAGCCUGGACAGGUCCGACAGCAUCCGCGCCGGCGGCCCCGCGCGCACCGACUCCCUGCGCCGCUCCGACUCCACCACGAGGCGCGUCAGCGUCGACGCCCCCGCGCGCCCCGACCGCACAGCCUCGGUGCGUCGCGGCGAGGAGCCGGCGGCGGCGGCGUCCUCGCCCUCGGGCGCCAUGGCCAGUCCCUCACUGCGGCGCAAGAGCGUGGACGGCCCAGGCGCCAUGGCCCACAGCCCCAGUAUGAACCACGGAGGCAUGAGUGGUGGAGGCAUGGGCGGAAUGGGCGGCGGAAUGGGCGGCUUCGGCGCCUCUCCGAGCAUGAAUGCGGGGAUGGGGAUGGGCAUGGGCGGAUACGGAGCCUCCCCCAGCAUGAAUGCGGGUAUGGGCAUGGGCAUGGGCGGAAUGGGCAUGGGAAUGGGCGGCAUGGGCGGAAUGGGGAUGCCCCAAAGCCCCAGCAUGAACGCUGGAAUGGGCAUGGGCGGUAUGGGCAUGGGUAUGGGCGGCAUGGGCCCGAGCCCAAGCAUGAACGCAGGAAUGGGCAUGGGCGGAAUGGGUGGAAUGGGUGGAAUGGGUGGAAUGGGCGGGAUGGGCGGGAUGGGCGGCGGCAGCAUAGGCGGCGCCGCCGAUGUGAGCCUCAUGAUGUCGGGCAUGUCGCUUGGCGGCGCCGCGCCCGCCCCCGCGCCGCCGCCGCCGCCCGCGCCCGCGGCCGGCGGCAACAGCGAAAUGAUAAAGAUGUUGGCGGAGGAGGUGGUGCGGCUGCGCAAGGCGGUGGAGGAGAAGCGCGCACGUGAGGCGGAGGCGCACUCGCUGCAGGAGCAGCUGGCGGCGCUGCAGGCGCAACAGGCGGCGCUGCAGGCGCAGCUGGGCGGCGGCGGCGGCGGCGGCGGCGGGAUGGGCAUGGGCAUCGGCAUGGGCAUGCCCAUGGGCAUCUGAGGGCGGGUGGCGGCGCGUCACGGCGGGGCGGGGCGCGGGCUGGCGUGCUGGAGGAGGGGAAGCGAGGUGCCUGGCGACCCAGGCUGUGGGGUGUGUGGGCUCGCCUGGUGGGGGUCUGGGCGGGCUUGUCUAUGAACUGAUCUGACGAACCCGGCCGGCAGGCUUGCAUAAUUUGUGUAAUGUGUGUGUGUGUCAGAGCCGGGCGACAGCAUUGCUUUUGGGGGGCUCGCUGCAGUGGAGCAGGCGGCGUCCGCGUCACGUGGAUGGCGUGUUGACAGGCGGUUGGCAGGACGUGCUGCUUUACAUUGGGUGGGGUGCGCGGAUGGGGUUCUGUGGCGUAAUCGAGUCCAUGCGAGGAAUGCCCGGACACUGAAUCUGCGUUGAGUACUCCGUCGGCGUUGCGGGCGCGGAGCGGAAUGGCACGGGGUCCUCGGCCUGUGAUAGUUCGACUGGGUCAGAUGAGGGUGGUGGUUCCUUGGCUGGGCGUGGGUUGCGGAGGAUCGAUGAAGCCAUUGCUAACUUGUGAAUUGUCGGCUGCAAUCCGACGUAUUGCCGACCUAUCCUGGCAUAUGAUUUUAGGGCCACAGGGCACUGGGACAGCCAUGCUUAAUGCGCCCACUGCAGACGACUGGUAUGACUCCAUUGAUCAUGAUCUUGACAGAUGCGGUGUGAUGUUGCCCCAUGUAUGGGAGUAAGCGGUGGUGGGUUGUGAUAGCGCGUGAGUCCAUUGACACGAUAGAACGUCAUUGGGGGGCCUGUGCGCGUAGGACAGUUCCUGCAAGGCGUGUGUCGUGCGGAACGACUGCGUGCGAACGCGGGGAAUCCAAAUAAAGACUUCUGGCUGGGCUGCUGAGGCCGCAACACCCGCCCAAGGAUGUCUGGGGCAGGGCAAGCCAAGCGGGUAGUUGCCUGCGGUGCGGUUCGUGUUCGGGCAGUGCGCUCGGUUGGCAGCCCUUGGUCUGGGGCAUACCUAGCCGUCGCAUGUGCGGUACAUAGCACCUAGCCAGUGUGUGUAGGGUGCACCCUUCAUGAAUGCUACAGGGGCUGCGACUUGUUACGAGAAUGAACGCGCUGGAAAUUAAGCGCUCACUAUUCAUUUGCGCGAGGGAGGGGGCCGAGGGGGCCGAGUUUCCAGACCCCUUAGGUUGUAAUAAUGCACGGCC